GCUCGACAUCGUCAUUUCAGUUACUCCCACUUAAAACUUCUACCUGCGACCUCCGUAUACCUAGGUAUUCUAUAGGUCUAGGAUGACAAGGGGGUAUCUAAAUUUAUGUUGUAUUUUUCAGCUCUUCAAGUUGCUAUGGCUCUCCAGUGUGCCUUACUCAAUAUGGUCAAGCAUCUCCAAAGAUUUCUUGACCGCCCAAGGCAACCAUUUUCCAAAGGAAUGGGACAUAAUCGUCACAGGCAUAAAAACAAACAUGACUAAGCGAUUGUGCCCACGCGUUCCAGGCAUUGCGCCCCCGUACCAUCGCUAAAUAGAGUGCUGAUUCUCCAAGCUCCGCCCAGUAAACCCAGGGUCGAACAUCGAACGUCCUUGUACCAGUAGCUAACCCUAGCAAGCGACGUAAUCCUUUCGUU